CUGAGGAGAGAGAGGGGGAGACAGAGGUGACAUCGCACUGUCUGCUGUUAUUUGUGGGAGAAUCGAUUCUGGCGUAAGAUGAACGGAAGAGAGAUGAUAUUGCUUGUGAUGCUCUGCGCUUCCUGUUCUUCUCCAUCACUCCUCUUUACGCUUCCCAGGCCGUGCGGCGACUGAAGCCCCCGCAAAUAUUCCCUUCAACAGGAGGAAUUCCACACAGAUCCGAGCCGUCCUGGACCUCUGCUGGCAAACAUCCGCGGCUUCCUCUACAAAACAUCAAAUGUCAGGAGACGCCAGCCGGCCUGUCUUGUGCUUUAUUCCUCCUCUGGAGAGGUGAUGGGAAUCCAAGUCGCCUUUUAAUUCGUGGAUUGUUGACUUUAUCGCCUAUUCAAGGCUGACGUGAGUCUUUAUGAGCGAGCCCCAGCUGUGGCCGGUGGGCAUGGUUUUGGAGGGUAGCUCAGAGGCGUUGUGUCCCCCCCCAUCUCUGGAGCUGCGCCCAUCCUGCAACAAGAGCCAGCCCUCGCCUCCUUUGGGCUCAAGCUCACAACCCCACGAUGGAGUCUUUCCUGAGGACAAGGAGCCUGUAAAGUAUGGAGAGCUCGUCGUCUUGGGGCACAACGGGUCACUGGCCAAUGGGGACAAAGGUCGCAGAAGAAGUCGUCUGGCUCUUUACAAGAGACCCAAAGCCAACGGGGUCAAACCUGAUGUUAUCCACAAUGUCUCAACUCCUUUGGUGUCAAAGGCACUCAGCAACAAAAGCCAGCACAGCAUCUCCUACACACUGUCACGGAGCCACUCUGUAAUUGUGGAAUACACCCAUGACACCAACACAGAUAUGUUUCAGAUUGGCAGGUCCACAGAAAGCAUGAUUGAUUUUGUGGUGACGGACACAGCCGGCAGCAGUGGUCAAGUUGGGGGUGCGGUGGGGGAGGGCGGAGGCCAAUCAGUUCAGAGCACCAUCUCACGAUACGCCUGCCGCAUCAUGUGUGAGCGCAGCGCUCCCUACACCGCUCGCAUCUACGCCGCUGGCUUUGACUCUUCCAAGAACAUCUUCCUGGGGGAGCGGGCUGCCAAAUGGAGAACAUCAGACGGCCUGAUGGAUGGUCUGACUACCAAUGGUGUGCUGGUCAUGCACCCAGCGGGCGAGUUUGUGUCUGAGCCGGCUCCUGGGGUCUGGAGAGAAAUCUCAGUCUGUGGCAAUGUCUUUGCACUGAGGGAGACACGCUCAGCCCAGCAGAGAGGAAAACUGGUUGAAAAUGAGUCAAACACACUCCAGGAUGGUUCACUGAUUGAUCUGUGUGGAGCAACCUUGCUGUGGAGGACCCCCCCCGGAUUGCGGCAUACUCCUACUCUCAAACAGCUGGAGUGCCUUCGACAGGAGCUGAACGCUGCGAGGCCUCAGUGUCCUGUGGGCUUCAACACGCUGGCCUUCCCCAGCCUGGCCCAGCGCGAGAUUGUUGACAAGAAGCAACCCUGGGUUUAUGUCAACUGCGGUCACGUACACGGCUACCACAACUGGGGCUACCGGAAAGAAAAAGGGCCCCCCGGCCCCGGAGGCACAGCACCUGCCGGCACAGGUGAGAGGGAGUGCCCUAUGUGUCGAAGAGUAGGCCCCUACGUGCCGUUGUGGUUGGGCUGUGAGGGGGGAUUGUACCUGGACGCUGGGCCACCCACUCAUGCUUUCUGCCCCUGUGGUCAUGUUUGCUCAGAAAAGACAGUAGCAGGGUGGAGCCAAAUCCCAUUGCCCCACGGCACUCAUGCCUUUCAUGCUGCCUGCCCUUUCUGUGGUACCUGGUUGACAGGAGAGCAGGGCCACAUCAAACUCAUCUUCCAGGGGCCCGUUGAUUGAAGCUGAGGGAAUUCAGUGCGGGCAGAUUGACUAAGGACCUGCUGACUAAAGACUGUGUGUGCUGACAUGAUAAGCUGAAAGCAACUUGCAAUAGUACAUACCAAGGCUUCACACGGAAUAUGAAGUGUAUGGAGAGUAUGUAAAAUAAAUUGUGUUGAAAACAACA